AUGUCGUACAGUACUCCCCCAUCCCCAGUAUCCGAAGACAAGCCGCAAUGGCAGCCGCGGUACUACCAGAAUGGGCCAAACAAGGACUUCGCUGAAGACAUUGAACAAUAUAAGAAGGGCGGAUUCCACCCCGUUCACGUUGACGAGAUGCAGGUGGAUAGGUUCGAGGUAGUUCAUAAGCUCGGAUAUGGUAGAAUCGGGACAGUCUGGCUCUUGCCCGGAUCUUCGAGCCAUGGAGCUCUUCAGAGACAGGAUGGUGCUAUUAUCCCCGACGAGCACUUUUGGAUCGAUGGACCGAAUGGCCGACAUCUAUGCUUGGUGCUGCCUGUUCUGGGCAUGACAGUGACGAGCUGGAAGGAGAUACACCAUGUUGCCAAAGGGAUGGAGUUUCUGCAUGGCAAGGGAAUCUGCUACGGUGACUUCCGGCCGUCAAACAUCCUGAUGAAAGUCAAGGAUCUGAGCCAUUUGACCCAGGAAGACAUGUUGGAGAUCCUCGGAAUUCCACAAGCCGACGACAUCACGACACACUUGGGCGAAGACCCUGGCCCGGAAGCUCCAGAGUAUGUAGUGCCCCCAGCCUCGAUGGAAGGCCUGCGAAAGGCCGGCCUUAUAACCAAUGAAAUUGCCAUCGUGGACUUUGGCGAGUCCUACGAGCCGCCCAAUAUCCCAGACUUCCUCGGGAUCCCUGCUGAGUACUCUGCGCCAGAGCAGCAGAAGAUGUCCGAGUACCAGAGGCGACAGUACAAACUUGAGAAGUCUGGAACUAAGCGGGAGAAACCCGAUGUUACAGCUAUCGUGGCUGGAGGUGAGCUUCAACCAGGAACUGCGUCGCUGGCUGAAAUCGAGAGAGAAAGACAGGAUAUUAUCGGGGACUUUGGGUUUGCAGAUUCCUUGGCCGCAUUCGUCGGCCAAGAGAGGAAACUGUUCUAUCUACCCGAAGGCGAAGAGCGACUUUGCCAGUCGAUCAUGUACAGCAUGCCUCCAGAGGAAGCAUUGGCUCUUGCCGAGCUCGUUCGAAUGGUGUUCCGAUACGAUAUGACCGAGAGAGCUAGCGCUACUGACGUUGCGAACCAUCGCUGGUUCCAAAGGGGUGCGAGUCCGUGA